AUGGAUGUGAGGUUCGCCCAGAUGCUCUGCGCGCUCUGCCUGCUCAUCACGGUCAGAGCAUUUACCCAGGAAGGGGUCAAGGAGAUUUUGCUAAAGCAGCUGGGGCUCUCCGAGGUCCCCAGACUUCAUAAGAGAGACCUGAUGAAUCUGGUUAUCCCCGACCACAUAAAGAACAAAUACAUCUCCUUGCUGAAGCGCCACAGGGUGAAGCGCAGAGCUUUGCCGAGCCUGGCUGGCAUCCUCAGGGGAAUCCCUGGCAACGCAGAAGUCCUCUAUUCUGAUACCACGCGCCAGAAUCUCAUCUUUGACAUGGAGGGGAGAAUACCUAAAAACAGUGAAGUGACAAUGGCUGAACUGAAGCUUUUCAAAAAGCCUCUGGACAGGACAAACCUGCCUGCCAAGCAGUCUCACAGGCCGGUCUCCAACGCUAGAGUCAGUGUGUACUGGGUGCAACGGCAGCUCGAUGGGACCAACAGGACCUCCUUGAUAGACUCUCGGCUGGUUCCCAUACGAGAGUCGGGCUGGAAGAACUUUGACGUGACGCAGGCUGUGCAUUACUGGCUACGAAACAAGAGGCGGGAGCCAAUGCUUCUGGAGGUCUGGAUCGAAGGAGAAAGAGUAGGCAGCUAUGCCUCGGAAAUGGCCAAAGCUGUGCGUUUUACCUCUCAGGACCCCAGGGAUAAAGCCUUAGGCAAACCUGAAUUGGUGCUUUAUACCCUCGACUUGGAAGACUAUGGGGGCCCUGGCGAUUGUAAGGAGGACACCGUGAAGGGGAAGUCCACCUGCUGCCGGCAGAAACACUACAUCAACUUCCGGGAGCUCACGUGGACGCAGUACUGGGUCAUCGAGCCGGCAGGGUACCAGGCCUACCAGUGCUCGGGGGGCUGCCUGCAGCCCGGCAGCCUGCUGCGUCACUUCGGCUACGGGGACAGAGCCUGUGCCGUGGUGGAGAGCUCCCCUCUCCCCAUGAUGUACCUUGUCAAGCGGGACAACUACACUGAAAUAGAAGUGGCCGAAUUUCCAAACAUGAUCGUCGAGAAGUGCAGCUGCGUUACGGACAAUAUGGCACUGGUGUAAGUGCAGAUAACCUGCCAGGGCCCAGCAGCUCUUGCGGGGAAAAAUGAGAUGUCACUGAGUCUCUUCCUUCCCUGUAGCCCGGCCCAGAGCCUGCCGCGGUCCAGCAAUGCAGGCUGGCGACCAGAGCUGCCGGGUGCCCUGAGAGGAGGUUGUGCCUGGCUAACCCCCUUCCUCUCAUAACGGCAGGCGGUCGCAGGGACUUCCAGCUCCCCAAUUGCAAAGUUCAGCAGUGGCCAAGGCUGCGGCUCUCCUAUGCUCCCCGCUCCCCUACAGAGAGGAUGUGGUUAAAGGCACUGUCCGUACAGACGAGCUCAGAGGAGCACAGGAUUUCACAAAGAUACGUAUGCGGGGCAGGAAAAUGUACCUACGGAGCCUAAUGCUUCUCUGGGCCGAUCUUACGCUAGCCUAAUUCUAUUUAAUUUGAUGGCGCUACUUCUGACUUACAUCAGUCCAGAGCAUUGCAAACAGCUACAGGCAAAAGAGAAAAACAAGUGAUCAUUGCUAGGUGAAGAGCUAAUGCGUGGGUUCAGCUUUUAAUUCUAGACGCCUGGUGCUUUGUGAUUUUGUCCAUGCCUGUCCAGGUCGUGUUUACUGUGAAUUGUAGAGCAGAAGCACUUAUAUGUAUAUAUUGUAUACGCGCGCGCACACACACACAUGUAUAGCAUGUGAAUAUAUAUGUAUAUGUGUAUUGUAUAGAUAUAUACAUAUAUAUGUACAUAAAAUAUUGUCUAGAACUCAGAGGAGUAUAUUUUUGGCCCCUCUACCAUGGGGUUAGCACAGUUUUAAGGCCGAAUUUAGAGUCCUGAAGUCAAUGGGAAUACUAGGACUUAGUUUUACUCUCAAGAGUAAUAGUUUGUAGAAUCAGGCCUUAUUUUUCUGGCUGUGUGUUACGGUUACUUCAACUUAGGGAUAUGGUUCUAGUCUUAUGUGCUUUCAAAC